AUGGCGGUAUCACGGAAAGAUGCAUUGUCGUGUCAAGCAAAGAAGUAUGAUAUGGUCGGAAAAGGGUUAUUUGCUGCUGUAAAUUCUAAUGAAUUGAUAGCUGCUGUAAAUUCUAAUGAAUUAAUAGCUGCUGUAAAUUCUAAUGAAUUGAUAGCUGCUAUUAGACUUUCUUCCCCUUUAACAUUGCGAAGCCUUCAGCAAUCUAAACCAACAAGUGAAAACUCUUUACGAGUUUACUACCUGAAAAUCGAAGAACAGGUCAUCGAAUAUAUACGCACAAACGAAUGGACACGCUGGUCUCGUAAAUUUUUGCGGACGCGCGACCAUGAAACUUCUGGAAGAGCACCUCCAACAUGGAACCUGAACGCCAUAAAUCUUCGUGCUUACUUCCUGAGUUCUCUCGACGUUAUGGACAUUACAACUACAGCGACUGUAGUCUGGCUGAAUUCCUGGUGGUCAAUUUGUGUCGGAGACGUCAAUAAGUCAACAGAAUUCUCCCUUUGUAGAUUCGCUGAUCCGGCGUUGCGUUAUUAG